CCGGCUCCCUACCGCUGUUUCCGCCUGUCUUCGGGUCUCUCCGGCCCCGGGACAAGACCCGGACCUCCUGGCCGCCCCCGGUGCUCUCUGCUCGGCUGCUCCAGGGCCCUCAGGCCUCUCGGUCUUCCCGGCGGUUCCGCGCGGCCCUCAGCUGGUUGAGAGGCGGGAACGUUUGGCGGCGGGCGGCGGGGGAUGUAGCCCGGUCUGCGGGACUUGUUGCGCACUUGGCUGAACUCUGCGGGUCCGGACGCUCCGACAUGCGGCGGCCGCGGCUCGCUCUACUGGCCGUCUGGACGCUUCUGGCGGCGGCAGCGGGCUCACCGGCGGAGGGGGGCCCGGAGGACCCGGAGGACCCGGAGGACCCGGAGGACCUCGGUUCUCUCCGGACCGUCCUGGACCGGUUCGAGGUCCUGCCCCUGUCGGGCCUGCAGACCCACUCGGUCCGGCGCCGGGAGGUCCUCGGUCCGACCCGGGACGAGAAGCUGCUGAGCUUCCGGGCUCUCGGCAGGACCUUCAGGCUCUACCUCCGGACCAACGACCAGAUCUUCGCCCAGGACUUCCGCGCCGUCCUGGUGGACGAAGACGGCCGCGAGCGAGACGUCCCGGUGGACCGGCACCACUACUUCACCGGACACGUCGUCGGGGAGGAGGACUCUCGGGUCCAGGCUCAUCUGGACCAGCGCGAGUUCUCGGCCCGCAUCCUGACGCGGGAGGCCGAGUACCACGUGGAGCCCCUGUGGAGGUUCUCGUCGGCGCCCCCCGAUGGCCGCCUGCUGGUCUACCGCUCGGACCACAUCCGGAACCUGAGCCGGCUGCGGCGGCCGGCGGUCUGCGGAUACCUGACCUCUGACCCCGGCCUGCUGCCGCCCGGGUCCGCGCUCCCACAGCCGGACCGCCACGACCCGCUUCCCGUCCGGCCCUCAGAGGCGGGGCCCCGGCCCCGGCCCCGGGGCAAACGGGAGGCCCCCGACCCCAAGAAGAACACGUGCCCCCUGCUGCUGGUGGCCGACCACCGCUUCUUCACCCACAUGGGCCGCGGCGAGGAGAGCACCACCCUCAACUACCUGAUCGAGCUGAUCGACCGAGUGGACGACAUCUACAGGAACACGUCCUGGGACGAGGACUUCAGCGGCUACGGGGUCCAGAUCCAGCAGAUCAUCAUUGAGAAGACGGCCACUCCGGUGUCUCCGGGGAAAAGUCACUUCAACAUGAGAGGAAGUCCGGUGGACGGACGGGACGUGUGGGACGUGAAGAAGCUGCUGGAGCAGUUCAGUGUGGACAUGGCGGAGAAGGCGUCCAACGUGUGCCUGGCCCACCUCUUCACCUACCAGGACUUCGACGAGGGGACGCUGGGCCUGGCCUACGUGGCUCCGUCCAAACCCGACAUCCCCGGCGGACUCUGUUCUAAAGCCUGUCCGUCCUCCACGGAGCCCGGGUCCAUCUACCUGAACACCGGCCUGACCAGCACCAAGAACUACGGCAAGACCAUCCUGACCAAGGAAGCCGACCUGGUGACGACUCACGAGCUGGGACACAACUUCGGAGCGGAACACGACCCGGACAACGUCCCGUACUGCGCUCCCCGCGAGGACCAGGGCGGCAAGUUCGUCAUGUACCCCAUCGCCGUGAGCGGCGACCACGGCAACAACAAGCUGUUCUCGGAGUGCAGUAAACGUUCCAUCGUCAAGUGUCUUCGUUCCAAAGCUGCUUCCUGCUUCAAAGAGCGGAACGUCAACGUGUGUGGGAACUCCCGGGUGGAGGAGGGCGAGCAGUGCGACCCGGGGCUGCUGCACCUGAACUCCGACCCCUGCUGCUCCGCCCACUGCAGGCUGAAGGGCCACGCCCAGUGCAGUGACAGGAACAGUGUGUGCUGUAAAGACUGUCAGUUUCAGUCUAAAGGAGAAAUCUGUCAGGAGCCGAUUGACGCAACAUGUAAAGGACACUCCUACUGCACAGGGAACAGCAGUGUGUGUCCUCCUCCUGAGAACGCUCCGGACCAGACGGUGUGUCUGGAUAACGGCGAGUGUGUGAACGGAGUGUGUGUUCCGUUCUGUGAGGCGGUGCUGAAGCUGCAGCCCUGCGCCUGCAACGACACAGACGAUUACCCGGUGCCCCCCCUGCCCCCCACCCUAACCCCCCCCCUCCCCCCAGAGACGGCCUGGUCCUGCUCGGUGUGUUGCCGCGGCGCCGGCGGUGUGUGUUCUCCGUUCCGGGACGCCGCCGGUCACUUCCUGUUCCUGCGGAAAGGCAAGCCGUGCACGGUGGGGUUCUGCGACGGAGCGGGGAAGUGCAUGAAGCAGGUGCAGGACGCGGUGGAGAGGCUGUGGGACUUCAUCGAGCAGCUGGACAUCCAGUCCUUCAGGACCUUCCUGGCCGACAACGUGGUCGGGUCCGUCCUGGUCUUCUCCCUGCUGGUCUGGGUCCCGGCCAGCGUCCUGGUGCACUGCGUGGACAGGAAGUUGGACCAGCAGUACGAACAGACCACCAAGUCCCUGUUCUUCCCCAGUAAUGCCGAGCUGCUCAGCAGCCUGGACUCCGCCUCCGUCCGAAUCUUCAAGCCUCCGGCCUUUGGCUCCGCCCCCCUCCGCCCCCAGCAGACCAGCACCCCCCCUCCGGACGGCCCCCGCAUGGCCACCAUCCAGGAGGACCCCGGCCCGGGGGCGGAGCCGUGGGCGGAGCGCCGGUCCUUCCAGGACCUGACGGGGGACACGGUGACGGAGCGCAGCGACAAGGCCAGAGCGUUCCGCCUGCAGCGGCAGCGGAACGUCGACAACAAGGAGACGCAGUGCUGAGGGGGCGGGGCUGAGGGGGCGGGGCUUCAGGUGGAGGCUGGACGCAGCCAGCGGAAUCAACGUCCUGAUGUCCCCACGUCCUCAACCUGUCACUGGUCCUCUGCUGUCAGGGUUUUGUUUUGAAGUCUUGGGUUAAACUCACUUCCUGUUCAGACAGGAAGUGACUUUUUAAACUCUCUCUCGCGGUUGUUUUGCUUUUUGUUUUUUCCAGAAAGCGUGACGUCGUCUGCAGACCGUCUGGUUUUCGGUUUGAGUCCUUUGUUUUUGCUGUUGUGUAGUUUUGUUGUGCGAUGACAAUCAGCCAUUGUGUCUUUUCUGCGAGGCGUUCACUGCAGUCAGGAUUUUUCAUGUUUUAAUGUGUACCUGCCCUUUCGUAAGAGAAACGUCUUUUGGAAGAAUAAAAUUUAUAGUUUUGUAAAAUCAAACAGU